AUGAACAACAUCAUAGACAUCUCGGCCGACAACCCCGACACGAUUGGGCGCGCGUACUCCGUGACGGUGUCCAACGCCGGCGUCUACGGCUACGGGGAGAAGGACGGCCGGUACGGCGAGCUCACCCUCAAGGGCAUCUACUUCGGAGUGUCGCACCGCGUGUCGGGCGCGAUGCUG